AUGGCAUACGCAACAGGUCUCCGACAGCAAGCAUGCACCCCCCGGCAAGCCAUGGACGAGCUCCAACGUGCCCAUAUAUCCGCCGCCCAACGGCUCCUCAGCAUCCUUAGUUCUACCGACUUUGCCCGCAAUAACUGGGCAAUCGUCACCGACGUUCUUGAUAUCACCCGAGCAGUGACUGAGAAUUUGAGGGGCUAUUCUACCUGCUCUUCGAGUAACUACCACACCUCCUCAUUCCGGAGGGAGGCUAGGGAGUUUGUAUCGCUCCACAAUGACGGCUUUGAGAGGAAUCAGAACCUGUUAUUGCACUAUCAUAGGUACAGGGGUACCCUUGAUAGAAGCACUAAGUCGAGGUUGGAUCAAAACAUCAACACCAUCAAGGAGGAGCAGGAGUUGGGAAAUGACUAUUGUGAGGAGAUUUCAGAGAUGAUGCCGAGGUAA